AAGCACAAUCAUGGAUUCAACUGUUGUUGAAACUACGUGCAGAUUGUGCGCUGAUCGUGGAAAUAAUAAUUAUGCAAUUUUCACGUCUGAUUCGUAUUCCAUCGCUGAUAAAAUCAAUAAUUGUUUGCCAAUAGUGAUAAGUCCAGAUGACGGUUUGCCAUCGCACAUUUGCCCUCCCUGUCUGAACGACCUGAACAUCUCGCACAGUCUCCGGCAGAGAUGUCUCCAGACGGACGGAAUAUUGCGACAGCAAAUGACAGUUGUCAUGAUCGAUGGAAUCAAACAGGAGAAAAAUUUCGAGGCUGAGAACGAGGAGACAGACGGUGAUCCGUCUGACUCCCUUUUCUGCGGCAUCUGCGAAGCCAAUUUCCCCGAUAUAAACACCUUCGACAAGCACAUGGAGCAGUACCAUGCCUCCGAGUGGAUCUGCAACCUGUGUCAGGCGGAUUUCCAAACGUCGGAGGAAUUGCUGCAGCACAAGUACACAAAUCACUACGAUAGCACGGAUAAUCUGGAGAUGAGGCACGUGGAUUCCGAUGUCUCCGAGGAUCAGUCGGACAACGAGGAGUCUAUUGACAUCAAGGAGGAGGACGUAGCAUUAAAUUGUCGGAAAAUUCUGGAGAAAGAAAAACCCGUGGCCUGCGAUAUCUGCGGCGUGAUGAUUGAGACAGAGAAUUAUAUGGCUCUGCAUGUAAAAUUUCACCAGCCACGCUCCAUGUACUGCUCCACAUGCGAUCGCCUGUACCAAUCGCCGUACGAGCUCUUUCUUCACAAGCAGAACGUCCACAAGGGCUUCGUCAAUCAGAAAAUGAAGUGGUUCUGCGAGAACUGCGAGAGAUUCAGCUCAAAUCCCAGAUUUUUAAAAAAACAUGAAAACUGCGGAAAGGCCAAGUUCAAGUGUAAAUACUGCCAGGAGGAGUUCACGAAGCAAAAGCAAUUUUUGAGACAUCAGAGCAAAAAUCAUUACGACAAGAUGUUCACUGAUCCUGAUGUGAUCAAGUUCAAAUGCCCGACCUGUGAGAAGCUCUUCAUUGAGAGGAGCUCCUACAGUUGUCAUGUCAGGCAACAUCGGUUGAGGGUCGAGAGGAAAUAUGGUUGCGAGGAGUGCGAUGCGAGUUUUUUGAGCUCCACGCAGCUCAAGGGCCACAUGGAGGACAUACACGUGAGACGGAGGGACUACAAGUGCAAUAGCUGUGGAAAAGCGUUCACUAGCAGUCGGAGUCUGAAAGCCCACGAGAUAAGACACAUAAGUCAGACGUGUCGAGAGUGCGGAGAACAAUUUGAAAAUACUCGAAUCCUCCAGAAGCACCUGCUGGAAAUCCACAGUAUCACCACCCCCGCGACGGGGAAGCACAGCUGCAAAGAAUGUGGGAAAAAAUUUCCAAAGCUGAGGCUCCUGCAGGAUCACAAGAAUAUUCAUUCUGGAAAACGGCCCCAUGUUUGUGAUAUUUGUAAAGAGACCUUCAGGACUUACGCCGCGAGAUGGUCGCAUGUGCAGAAGCAUAAAAAUGGAGGAUUUUACUGCGAUUACUGUCAACGAAAGUUUUCAACAAAAGGUCACGUUCGUCGUCACUUGGUCUGUCAUCUACCUCCCGAGGACUGGAAGUACGAGUGUGAAAUCUGCCACCAGAGAUUCCAGAGGAAAUCCCACUUAGACACUCACGCGAAAAAACACAACGACACUCGUCCCUAUCAGUGCGACAUGUGUGACGCUAGAUUUCUCAAAGAUAAAUUUCUUUUGCAGCACAAAAAACGACGGCACAACGAGCCUCCGCCGAAGAGGAUUCGAAUCAAAGUUUACCCCCAAAAUUUAUUGUAA